AUGGACGCACAGAACUUAGCGAAUGCACAGCAACCUGGACAACCAAACCCAGAGAAUAUUCCAAAUGAAGUUAGAAUACAAGCUGCAAUGGCAAACUAUGGUCAAGUGCCAACAGAUGUACAAAUGCAAACUGCCAUGUCAAAUGACGCUGCGUUAGGUUUGCCACCAUGGUAUGCAAAUAUGAGAUGGAAAGAGUUUUAUACAAACCCUGAAGCAUUGAGACAAAUGAGUUCAAGAUGGAUUUGUCGGCUUCCAGCAUUUAAACCGAUACCAUAUAGUCAGGCUCAGCAUGUGAAACUGAAUGAUAUUAUUAAAGGAACCAUCCCACCUCCACAACAACAACCAGUUGAAAACAAACCAAACUAA